GCUAAGGGGAGGGAGUGCAGGCAGGGAGGCCCCAGCAGUCACUGCAGCUUCGGCACCAGCUCCUGCCAUGGCCUCGCUCGUGAAGAAAAUAAUCAGCACUACUAAAGCCCCUGCACUGGGUCCCUACAGCCAAGCCGUGCUGGUGGACCGGACAAUGUACGUUGCAGGGCAGAUCGGGCUGGAGCCUUCCACUGGGCAGCUUGUCUCUGGAGGGGCAAAGGAGGAAACCAAGCAGGCUCUAAAAAACAUGGGAGAAAUCCUGAAAGCUGCAGGCUGUGACUAUGGCAAUGUUGUGAAGACCACAGUUUUGAUGGCUGACAUGAAGGACUACAAUGAUAUCAAUGAUGUUUACAAACAAUUUUUCAAGGCAAACUUCCCAGCCAGAGCAGCUUAUCAAGUUGCUGCUUUGCCCAAAGGGGCCAGAGUUGAGAUUGAAGCUAUUGCCAUUCAGGGACCUCUCCAAGAUGCUUCAGCAUGACUAUAAGUAGAGACUGGAUAUCUUACAAUGGCAGUUUUAGAUUGAGUUAAUACUUCUCCCUUAUAUCCAAUUCCUACAGCUGACUAACAGCAGUUACACACAGCUGAAAUCAGUAAACUUACUGAGGAAAGGUGCUUUCUUCAGCACUCACAGUGAGUUCUGUACUGACAAACUCUGAAAAGUGCCUGAGUCCUGCUAAAAUCAGCUGAGCCAGAUUGCAGGACAGGAUCUGCCCUUUGUGGGGGUGACUGGAUAUUCAGGUGUUAAGGUACAUACCUGGGUGAAUGUAUUGGAGUUACACUAUGAGUGAUAUGGACAUGGAAAACUAUACUGAUUUGUAAUUGUAGGUCUUUAGUAAAAAAUUUUAAAUUAAAAAAAUGACAGAAAUGAGAAAACAGAACACAUUAAUUGCUUAG